AUGGCCCCUGGUUCCAACAUGGCUUCGGGAGACGUCAACCCCAGCCUCAGUUCUCAAUCCGGGCAGGUCCGGUUCUCUACGGUAACGGAGGAAAUCGAGCCUACCGAUCCGUCGUCUUCCGUCAAGUCUCCCGGAGCCGAUUCCAUCAAAGAUACGCAGCAUGAGGAGGAACUCCGGUCGCUAGCUGCCAGCUUGCAGCGGUCCCAAUUGCAGGAGAAUCGAUUGCGGCAGUUCUCUUACGAUCCCAUCUCGUUGCCAUCAUCUAGAGUUGCCUCCCGGGAAUCGAGCGACCGCAGUGCACGCGAAGCAAAUGGAUCGGGCUUCCCCUCGCCCCGAGGUUCCCCACCAGUGUCCGCCAUGCAAUCACCCCCGCUGACGCCCGCAGCCACACAUUCACGGGAGUCCAAGUCCAUUGAUACUUCUUCCACAUCCAACACCACCGAUCGGGCUGGUAAUGCCGCCCAGUCCACCAAUAUGACUCCUCCAGCCAGCGCUGCCACACAACACAAGGCUCCUCAGAGCGCCCCCUCCUCCCGUCCAUCCUCGACCGAUCAACUGUCGAAGCAGAACCAAGUGGCACAAACCUCCUCUCAUCCGAACAACGGCGCGCGGCAUCGGGCGCAGUUUUUCAUUGGUCCCACUGAUGGAUCCCAGGAAGAGAGCCCACCAGCCACUCCUCGCGGAGAUCCCGAGAGCUAUACCCCUCCGGGUGCGAUCACUCCGGUGGGUGAGCCGAACGACCCGUAUGCUCGCAGCAAGCGUCCUCCACAACCGAAGAACCUUGCCCAACUUGACCAGCGCUUCAUCUUCGGCAGCCGGGACUCCAAGCGUCGCACCACAACAUCGGCCUUCUCACGCCCAUUGAGCCCCCGUUCUUCCAGUGCCACUGACCUCCGGUCCAGUGAAAAGCGCAGUGGCUUCUUCAAUUCCAAGCGAGAACCGCGACAGCCGGAUGCCGAGGGAAAGACCCAUGGCCAUAUGUCCGAGCUGAAGCGCUUCUUCAAGCGCACCCACAACAAACACAAGCGAGGUGAUUCACCGUCGUCGAUCCCCUUCAAGAAAUCGAGUCGAUCCUCGGGCAAGGGCGGCCCAUUCCACGCGGCAGCCGACAGUGUUCCGUUCGCUGAUGAUCAUGGUCUCAACUCAAAGUAUGGAAAGCUGGGCAAGGUUCUGGGGUCGGGAGCCGGAGGCUCGGUUCGGUUGCUUAAGAGGAAUAGUGAUGGGGUGACUUUUGCGGUAAAGCAAUUCCGAGACCGUCAUUCCUGGGAGACCAUGAAGGAAUACUCCAAGAAGGUGACUGCGGAAUUCUGCAUUGGGUCUACCCUUCACCAUGGCAAUAUCAUCGAGACGCUGGACAUUAUCCAGGAAGGAAGCCACUGGUACGAGGUCAUGGAAUAUGCGCCCUUUGAUCUGUUUGCCAUCGUCAUGACAGGAAAGAUGGUCAAGGAGGAGAUUGCUUGCUCUUUCAAGCAGAUCCUCAGUGGAGUCGCCUACUUGCACGGAAUGGGCCUGGCCCACCGUGAUCUGAAGUUGGACAAUGUGGUCGUCAAUGAGCAUGGCAUCAUGAAGCUUAUUGAUUUCGGAAGCGCUGUGGUGUUCCGAUAUCCUUUUGAGAAUGAUAUCGUACUCUCUUCGGGAAUUGUCGGCUCCGAUCCAUAUCUCGCCCCCGAAGUAUACGACGAGAAGAAGUAUGACCCGCGCCCGACUGAUAUCUGGUCCCUGGCCAUCAUCUUCUGCUGCAUGACUUUGCGCCGAUUCCCUUGGAAACAGCCCCGUGUCAGUGAUAACUCGUACCGACUGUUCGUUUCUACGCCAACUCCUGGAACGCCGGUGCCCGAGGUCGACCCGAAACGCCACCGCGCCGUCAAGUCAUCCCCCGAUCUUAUCACUGCUGCUCAAGAAGGCAAACCCGUCCAGCCCAGCAUCAAUACUGACGUUGCUGGACAAUCUUCCCAAGCGAACGGGCAGCAAGGACAACAGCCUACCGCUGCCGGCGAAGAAAACCAGCCGCCGAAGAGUCCUCAGGACAAGCCGCUGGUCACCAAAGCACCUACAGAUAGCAAGAAUGCUAAUGCGACUACUCACAAGCCUUCUCGUACCACGAGCAAGGAGGCCCCUCCACUUCCGGCGAACGCCCAGGCGGCGGCUCAGCGACAGGAAGUCAUCAAGGGGCCCUGGCGCCUUCUCCGGCUCCUGCCCCGCGAGAGCCGGUACAUUGUUGGCCGGAUGCUCAAGGUGUCGGUGAAGGAGCGCGCUACACUGGACGAUGUCUUGACCGAUGAGUGGGUGCGCAACAUCAAGGCGUGUCGGCAGGAGUUGACUGGCGAGGUCAUCCACGCUCCAGGCCAUACCCACGUCUUGGAACCCCCUUCGGCCAGUGUGCCAUCCGGAGCCAUUGCCGGCCUGACGGUCGACUGCUCCCUGUACCCGCUUGACACGAUCAAAACCCGCCUCCAGAAAGCGCGCACCGCGACGCCUGCCACUGCCAGUACCGCCGCCGCGGUCCCGGCCGUCUCCCUCCGCCAAACCAUCCGCGGCAUCUACGCCGGUCUCCCCUCGGUGCUCUUCGGGUCCGCCCCCUCGGCCGCCUCGUUCUUCAUCGUCUACGAUGGGGUGAAACGCCUGCUCCUCGAGCAACCUACCUCGAACUCCACCUCCACCUCCACCUCCACCCCUUCCCGCACGCACAUCCUCCUCACGCACUCCCUAGCCUCCUCGAUGGGCGAGAUCGCCGCGUGCGCCGUCCGCGUGCCCACGGAGGUGAUCAAGCAGCGCGCCCAGGCGGGACUCUUCGGGGGCUCCAGCGCCGCCGCGCUCAAGGACAUCCUGGCGCUGCGGCACACGGCCGGCGCGGGCUACGGGUCCGUGGUGCGCGAGCUCUACCGCGGCGCGGGGAUCACGAUCGCGCGCGAGAUCCCGUUCACGGUGCUGCAGUUCACGAUGUGGGAGAGCCUGAAGGCCGGGUACGCGACGCGGAACGGGCUGGAGAUGGUCCCCGCCAGCACCAGCGCCAUGUUCGGUAGUGUGGCGGGCGCCAUCGCGGCGGGCCUGACGACGCCGUUGGAUGUCGUCAAGACGCGGGUUAUGCUGGCGCGCCGGUCUGGUGGCGAGGAUGGGGGCCGGGGGGGCAAGGUCCGGGUGCGGGAGGUCGUGCAGGAGAUUGCGAGGGAGGGCGGCGCGGCGGCGUUUUGGCGCGGGGUGGGGCCCCGCGUCGCGUGGAUUGGGAUCGGGGGCGCUGUGUUUUUGGGCAGUUAUCAGUGGGCGUGGAAUGGGUUGGAGGGCGGGAGGGGGAGGAGGCAGAGGGUCAGGGAGGGGGAUGCUUUGAAACUCAGCCACCAGAGGGUCACAUAUGUGCUCCCUCUGCCUGACGCCCCCGGUGGCCAUCGCUUAGGCGUUAAUGGCCUGGCAGUCGACCCCGACGAAUCCAUCCUCUACUCCGCAGGUCGCGAUGGCGUCGUCUGCUCAUGGGAUCUCAACUUCUCGCUCACCGACUCCUCCAAGCCCGGCAAAACCACCUUUCGCAACCAGGUCCAGGCGCACAGCCACUGGAUCAACGACAUCGUGCUGACCAAGAAUAACUCCGCGCUAGUCUCGGCCUCGUCCGACACCACCGUCCGACUCUGGCGCCCUCACUCCGAAUCCACCGAGGUGCCGGCUCCCAUCGGCAAACACGCAGACUAUGUCAAGGCCCUGGCCACCCCCGGCAACCACUCGUCGUGGGUCGCGUCGGGCGGCCUGGACCACAAGCUCUACCUGUGGGAUCUGAACGGGGGCGGCGAGGUGCUGGGCAUCGAUGCGUCCGGGGAUGAUCGCACGGCCAAGGGUUCGGUCUACGCUUUGGGCGCGGUUUCCUCCGUCCUGGCGAGCGGUGGUCCAGAAAACGUGGUUCGCGUGUGGGAUCCGAAAUCCGGAAAGCUUAUCACGAAGUUUGUCGGCCAUACGGAUAACAUCCGUGAUAUCUUGAUCAAUCGCGAUGGUGACACCAUCAUGACCGCCUCGUCCGACCAGACCAUCAAGAUCUGGUCCCUUACCGCGGGACGAUGCAUGCAUACCUUGACCAUGCAUAAUGACAGUGUCUGGUCGCUGCAUUCCAACCACCCGCAACUGUCUGUAUUCUACUCUAGUGACCGGUCCGGUCUCGUCGCCAAAACCGACACCCGGAAUUCUCCGGACAUUGAGCAGGGCACGUGCGUGGCGGCUCUGCAGGAGCACGAGGGCGUCAUCAACGUUGUAGCCGCAGGCGAUUACAUCUGGACGGCAACCCCCAAGUCGAGUAUUCAUCGCUGGCGGGAUGUGGACACCACGGCUGAGAUUGAGCCUCCCGCGCGAGACCGGAAUGUGCAGAGGAGCCAGGCAACCACGUCUGCGCCGUCAGACGGCCGGCCCAAGAAGAUCCCCUAUGAAUCGGUGCUGUUGCUGUCGCCCACCUCGACCUUCCCUAAUGCGCGCCCCUUAGACGAUGAGACUCCGCGCUCGGGGCCGACUUCACCUCGGCUCUUGUCUGGGUCUGACCUGGACGAUGAGUUGGGGUUGACGCUGCCGAUCCAGGCAUUACCCGAAGAAACCAUCGAAGGUCAACAUGGGCUGAUCAAAUAUUCCAUGCUGAACGACCGCAAACGGACACUGACUCAAGACUCCGCUGGUGAAGUUGUUCUGUGGGAUUUGCUCAAGUGUAAACCAAUCCAAUCCUUCGGCAAGAGACACAUGGACGACGUCGCAUCCGAGAUCAACACAACCGAGAGCAUCGCUCACUGGUGUACUAUCGACAUUCGCACCGGACGUCUGUCGGUGAUUCUUGAGCCUGGCCGGUGUUUUGAUGCUGAAGUGUAUGCCGACGAGUCGGAUCUGGCGGACCAGUCGCAAUUUCGGGAGGACCAAAGGAUUAAUCUCGGAAAAUGGAUUCUGCGUUGGCUUUUUGCGCCUCUGGUGCAAGAGCACGUUCAGCGGGACGCUCUGUUCCGUGCUGCGAUGGUAGCCAAGGCGGAAGAACUGGCUCGCUUGACCAGCACGGGCGCGUCAGCUCCGGUCGAUAUCCCAUCGGCAGAUCCCUCGCGGCGGGCGUUGGGUUUGCAAUCGCCGCUAGACCCCUUCACAGCCACUUUUAGGUCUGGUUACGAUUCGAUCGGGAGCCCUACGACGCCCGGCGGGUUCGGCAUCGGGUAUGCCGGCAGCCCGGCGACCAUGGGAUCGCCCAUGUGGACUUCCAGCUACAUCAACAAUGCGAGUCAUCUGGGCACCUCUCCGGGAGAUUCGACGUCGGAAUAUCUCAUGUCGCAGUCGCAGCAGAAUGCGGACAUGACCCGGGCCUCUUUCUCGGAUCGCUCCAGCGACUACUUUUCCUCGUCACGAAACCAGGGCAUGGGCUCGCUCGACACGGAUAAGGUGCCGACUACCCCCGGCGAGCCGACCCCGACGGCCCUUCCCCAGUCUCCGGUCGAGCCCGACAAGGAGGAGCGGAAGCGCGGCGCGUCGUUGUUCGGGAAGAAGUUCCGCAUGGAUUUCCCCAAGAAGCUGGGGCGGACUUCAUCGGAGGUCAAGCCGCAGGUCCCCGAGGAGAAGCCGGAGGAGUCGGAUAAGUCGUCGAUCAAGGAAGAGAAGGUGUUUGAGACUAACCUGGGAGGGUUCAUUGAGCGGACGCGGCACGAGUAUGAGGAGUUCAUGUCUGCCAACCCUGGCCGGGAGUUGACGUCGGCGUUCACACCGAGCCCAGACAACGAGACUCCGGUGCUGGACAUUCCCCCGCGCACUGUGGUUUUCAUCCAAGAAGAGUCGGGUGAUACUGCUGUGGCGUCUGACCUGUACCGAGGAACGGUUGGUCGGAUCAGCGAGGAAAUCGACAAGCUGGAGAAGUCGAUACCCUUGUGGCUCGCCGAGCUGCUUUUGAAGAAUCAAGUGCCCGUGAAAGAGCCGGUCAAGAUCGCUUUCACACUGAAGCCAUACGAUGAUCUGUUGCCCCCUGUAGCCAAACCCGAACCGCCCGGGAGCCCCAAUGCCAACAACAACCGCCUCAACGCGAAUCGCAUGCUGCGCGCCAAGAAGAUCCUGGCCUACGUGGCGGAGCGAAUCGAUCCUCCCAACCCCCAGCAGCCAGACGCAACCCCCAUGAAAGCCGAGGAGUACCUGGAGCUGUAUUGCCAGAAGAUGCCCGUCCCCCCGAACAUGACGCUGGCGACGAUCCGGGCGCACAUCUGGCGGUCCUCGGGCGACAUGGUUCUGUACUACAAGGCCAACGGGAAGAAGGAGAUCCGCAUGCCGGCGCCCGAGGAGGAGGAGAAGGAGACUGGGUUUGGGACGGCGUUGGCGUUAGGCGAGGCGGGCAGUGCGCCGCCGGCCAGCAUUCGGUCGCACGCGGCUUCUGGCUCGGCGGUCUCGGUCAGCAAUGCUUAG